AUGGCUGGUACCAAGCCUAAGUUGGGGAAGCUCACCACCCCCGUUACCGCUACCUUCCCCUCCGAGAUCACUUCCGCCAUGACGGCAACGCCAAUCUCUGCCAUCUCCUUCAACUUCAAGCCGGACCCGGACUUCAUCAAGACGCCUAUCAGCCCGCCUCUGGCUUACACCGACUUCCUUUCCAAGGCCAUGUCUCUCAACUCCCCGGCCAUGGGUUCCGGCCAGACCACCCCCGACUCCCUCUCGGACACCGCUAGCAGCAAGCAGUCGGACUGCUCGUGCAAGUGCGAGAGCUCCUCACCCACGUCGACCACCAGCACCAGUUCAAAGGCCUCUUGCAACAUGUCUCCCCCGGCCACGGCUCCGGUCGUGCCCCCGAGCCCUUUCCCGACCUCUGCUCCCAUGUCGGCACCGCCAACUGGGGCCGCCGGCUUCCCCAGCCUCAAGCUACCUCCCAGCCCGGCUGUCUCACAUAUGGACUCUCCCCUAAGCGCCACCACUGCUCGGUCACCUUUUAGUGCCCGACCCGUCCACUCAGUAUUUGACUGGGAUGCUGCCCUCAAGGCUCGCUUUGCCGAGAAGAAGCAGAAGUCUUCACGGACCAGUGUACGACACAUCCGAGAGGUGGUAACGAGGACUGUUACCUACACCCCUCGGAUGGCUCCUGCCCCCAAGGGUAAGAGGCGGAAGAUUGAAUGA